AUGCCUAAAUCCAAACGUUCAAAGUUGGUUACAUUAUCCCAAACUGAUAAAAAGGGAAAAGAAUCAAAGUUGAAACUAUUUGACGAGAUUAGAUCUGCACUCGAUAAUUAUUCUCAUGUUUGGAUAUUACAAAUGAAAGACAUUAGAACUCCAGUUCUACAAGACAUAAGAUCGGAUUGGACUGAUUCCAAGUUGAUUUUGGGUAAACGAAAGGUAAUCCAAAAGGCCUUUGGCGAAACUCCUGAAGAAGAGUACUUGUCUGAGUUGGCCAAAUUAGCCAAAAUCUUAUCUACUACUGAAGAUUUAAUUCCUGGCAUUUUAUUCACAAAUGAGGAUAACGCAACCGUACAAAGCUAUUUCGACGCAUACAAAAGACAAGAUUAUACUAGAGUCAAAAGUAAGUCGCCCAUUACUUUUGAAAUUCCAGCAGGAAUCGUUUAUUCAAGAGGUGGACAAAUACCAGAGGAAGAAGAUGUGCCCAUGUCACACUCAUUGGAAGAGACAUUGAGAAAUAAGUACAAGAUGCCUACAAAGAUCAAGAGUGGGAAAAUUGUUUUGGAAAAGCCGUAUUUGGUGUGUAAUGAAGGAGAUAUAUUGGAUGUAAGACAAGCUUUAAUUUUGAAACAAUUUGGUGUUGCCGCUAGUGAGUUUAAGGUUCCCUUGGUUGGCCACUAUGAUAAAGAAGCGUCCAGUAUUGAAAAGUUUGACAUUUGA